GGUCGAACUUAAACACGUGGAGUAAUUUAUCAAUUUGUGAAUAUGUUACGGAAGUGCUUCGUACUCGCGCGCCGUUAACGUUAAACGGCAAUGUUUGCAAAUCCCGAUGCAUGAAUGUUGCAGGACAUAUUCGAUUUCCGACCGCAUACGAUCAUUUCAUUUUUAUAAUUAAGAUACUUCUGAUUACCCGAUGUCCUUCCGACUUUAUAACAUGAUGAGACGAACAGCGCUUUUUAUUCACAAUUUCUAUUAUUUCAUUCAUCUGCAGAUAUACUUCUACGAUUAAUAUUACAACGUUGUGGUUAUUGGAUAAUACUUACAUUUGAAGAAAUAUGUCGUGUGGCUGUAGAACGAUCGAAAAUGAUAUAUCGCACUUAUAAGUACACGUGAUAUCAUAACGUAUCGCAAUUACGAUAAUAGUAGUCACCCUCGGCAUUCCUAUCUCUCUUUUCCUUUUUCUGUACCUUCAUUCUUUCCACUCCAUUUUUCCAUCGCAUUAUAAAUUUACUCAUUUGCAUAUUCGUGCCAUAAAUCGUAAUUAUUCUAUCUUUAAUUAUUAUUAAAACUUUACUCGAUAUGUUUCAAUCUCUUUUACGUUAUUUGUAUCAAUUUGUUUCGAACUUUAUCGAGAGUGCUUAAAUCUAUUGAAAGAAAUACCGACACUAUUUUAAUUAUUUUUAAUAUCUAUAAAUUAUUAUAUAUCUAAAUGGGAUACGUAACGAUGUCAAAAUUCUACAAUUUUUCCUUCGAAGAUCGCACACUUUGUAGAUGCAAUUGUAAUUUUAUACUUGCAGCAAUUAGUUCUCUAUACCACGUGUUUGAGAUCAAUUGCGACGUCAACAUUAUUCGUAUUCAAGAUGUGUUUAAACCGAGUUACUGUAUCAAAAUUGAAUGAACUCAUCGAGGAAAAAAAAAGAGUAGAAUUCGCAGGCAAAAUACGGAAGUCGAUUUAAUUAGCGAGUAAGGAAAGUAUAUUGAAUUAAUAAAAUACGGGAAACGUAGAUUAUCGUGGCAUCACGACAUAGUUUAGAGUUGAAACUCAAUGUCAUAGCGAAUCACUCGAUUUAUGGACGACUAAUUGUAAGAGAUCUUACAUAACCGGUCUUUUAGGAAAUAGAUAAGAAUACAUAGUGCGAUAAAGAUAUAAUAAUACGUACACAUACAGGAGAUCCAAUUAAAUAGUAAAUAAACAUUGCGAUGAUAGAAUCUGACUUAAAUCGUAUAAUACAGUCGUGGAAACUUACGUUGAAAUGAUAAACGCGGAAUGAAUAAGUUUCAAUAUAAGCGAUCUAGUAAUGUAUACAGCGAACUGAUUAAUACCGUAAAUUUAGAGAUUUCAAAGUCUGAUAAAUGAAUAUCGAGUUCGUGAUCUUUACCGAGAAAACGCACCUACGUUCUGAAUUCAAAUAAAUUCUGCCCCGGUAUAAACAAUAUCGUGAUGAAACAUUUGUCGAUUGAUCGAUUACAUGAUAGAAAAUCGAAUCUCGAUAGGAGAUUACAUUCGAAACGGAUUAAGGUAUCGAUUCUUUGCGCGAAGGUCGAUCGAGCAAAAUAACGAGAUGGUAAAAGGGAGAAAGAGGUGGUGAGAGGGAAAGAAAGAGACAAAGAGAGGGUUUAACCGAUAAACAAGUUUAAAAAAGUAGCCUCGUCGAGCGAACGAAAUAUAAUCAAACAUGCGAAUGGAUAUUUAAUUGCGUGAACGAACAGUUAGAAUAACAGAUAAACGUAAACAGAUAAAGAGUAAGGCAGAAAAAGUAAGAGAGAUAUGCAAGCAAGCAGACAAAUAGGAAGGCAGGCAGGUAGGCAGGCAGCUAGGCAGACAAGCAAGAAAGCAGAAAAGCAGACAGGUAGAUAGGCGAGGAAUAACAGACGAAUCGAUACAACAGUUUUGAGAACAUUAAAAAUCAGAUUUUUCGAGUCUAUGAAUCUGGCCACGAUUCGACACACCAUCGAGGAUUCCCUUACAGAGGUACAGGAGAAUGGCUAUAUAUCCGUGGCAGCGAGUCACACGGGGUCCUCAGUAGAAGAUGAUAGAGGACCAGGUGCAUCAACAUCCGGUACGACUACCUCCCGACAAACACGCCCAUAUCGAUGUUACAGGAGCCAAAACUGAAAAUGAUCAAUGUAAGGAACCUUUGCUUUCCGAGAAGCAAACUACCCACAGGGUAACGCCAGUUCGUGCUCGUUCGCGCACUAUCUCAGAAUCAACAGUCGGAAACACGAUCAUGGGCACAACUUCUGCCACAGGCACGAGUAUGGUUGCGGUGACGGCUAUGGGAACGGGCACGAAUGCGAAUGCAUGGAUGGACACCGUUGUCGGGGUGAAUACUACCACCGAUCCUACCGACAAAUCCAUCGAGGAAGAUUGCGUCGAGGUACCCAUGUUCGACGAGGGAACCACUGAUAGCGGCCGCCUCCCCGACGUCGUCGCUGAGAGUAAAAUCUACGGCGUAAACGGGGAUGAACCCCUCGAAUCGUACCUAGCGAUCACUAUUCAAGUUUUUAUACCGUUUCUUAUUGCCGGCCUUGGCAUGGUUGGAGCUGGAUUAGUCCUAGAUUUGGUUCAACAUUGGGUCGUGUUUGAGAAAGUGAGCGAGCUCAUCAUUCUGGUACCAGCACUGUUGGGUUUGAAAGGAAAUUUGGAAAUGACUCUCGCAUCUCGUCUUUCGACUCAAGCAAAUCUCGGACACAUGGACGCGCCGAAAGAACAGUGGCACAUGAUCGUCGGAAAUCUCGUCUUGAUUCAAUGCCAGGCGAUAGUGGUUGGAUUUCUGGGCUCUGUGGUGGCAAUCGUAAUGGGAGCAUUCCGAAACGGUACCAUCUCGUUGGAUCAUGCAUACCUAUUAUGUGCAAGCAGCCUAGUUACCGCCUCUUUGGCAUCCUUCGUCCUUGGAUUGAUCACCGCAGGUGUGAUUGUUUUCUCCCGUCAUUGUCACAUAAAUCCGGAUAACGUCGCGACACCAAUCGCCGCCAGUCUCGGUGACAUCACUUCCUUAGCCCUGCUCUCUUGGAUAUCCACGAUUCUCUACGAAUCGAUAAAUAAACAAGAUUGGGUCGCGCCUCUGGUGAUCGCUUGUUACAUCCUUGUCACGCCGCUCUGGGUAUGGAUCGCCAAGAGAAACAAGUACACCAACGAUGUCCUUUACUUCGGAUGGACUCCUGUAAUGAUCGCUAUGUUGAUCAGCAGUUGCGGUGGUCUAAUACUCGAAUUCAUGGUGUCGCGAUUCGAAAACCUGACCGUUUUCCAACCGGUGAUCAACGGUGUCGGUGGAAAUUUGGUAGCUGUGCAAGCAAGCAGGAUAUCGACGGCCCUUCAUAAGCAAGCCGAACUGGGAACGCUUCUAAUUCCACCGGGUCACACACAUCCUGUUAUCUUCAUUACACCUAUCGCUAACUUUUUCGGCAAAGGUAUGCACGCGAGAACAACAAGGGUCCUAAUGGCGAUGGUUAUACCAGGUCACAUCAUUUUCAUUUACCUGAUCAAUUAUAUGAAGGACGGCAACACUUCGUUAACGCCACUCUUCGUUUUUGUUUACUUGUGUGCCUCCACGCUGCAGGUUGCUGCUCUCCUGUACAUUGCUUACAUAAUGAUACAUUGGAUGUGGAAGCGAAAAAUCGAUCCCGAUAAUUCAGCAAUUCCGUACUUGACGGCAAUGGGAGACCUAUUAGGCAUCAGUUUAUUGGCAAUCGCUUUCCAAUUUCUCUAUCUCGUUGGAGAUCAGGAUUCUGAUCAGACGAUCGCUCCAUAAAAAUUGCAUUCUAAUAGAUUGCAAAGAUUUCGUCGAUUAUUUCGUGUGAGGCGACUAUAGUUAUCGAUGCGUCGUACAAAAUAUCCUCUCUCGAAAAAUCAUUGACAUCGUCUUCGUCACCGGCAUCACCAUCGUCGUCGUCGUCGUCGUCGCUGUUAUCUUCAUUAUCAUCAUCAACGUUACCAUCACCGUCAUCAUCAUCGUCAUCGUCAUCGUCAUAGUCGCCGUCGCCAUCGUCAUCGUCGUCGUCGUCGUCGCCAUAGUUUCCGUGGUUAUUAUCGUCGUUACAUAUUCUAUGGUUUUUUCCUUGUAUAAGGAAAAUUACAAGUUAGUUAAUCGCUUUGUUAGUACGCCAUGUGGAAAGGUAAUACUUUUUUUGCACGAAAAAAAGCAAUACAUCGAAAAAAUGUAUAUGUAACUGAAUGAAGGCCAAUGCCUAAUAAGGCUGUGCUUUUGCGGAGAUACAUAUAUUGUAUAGUAAUAUAGAGCAUACCUUGUUGCCCGAAAUAUUUUUGUUUGAAUUAAACCGAAUUCUCAUGCAGAUGACUCGAUUCAACUUAGUUCGAUUCGGUUUGAUUCACUACUUAGUCCCGUACUACAAUGAUUCCGCGAUAUUAUUUUCCUUGUUCAUCUAGUCGUGAAGAAAUUAAGUUUAUCAUAAUUGGACUAUGUAUGUACACGAGGUCUUAUGAUAGUCUUUAGCUAUAAAUAAUUUUAGAUCGAUGGGCAAUCCGCGUUUUCGCGAAGAUUGUGAUCAAAGAUAAGUAAAGGAAGGAAAAGGCAUCCCAGAAUCCGGAUAUGAAACAGUUUAAGAAAAAAGUAUAUUCGAGAUAUUAUUUCAGCUUGGAUACUACACUGAAUUUUGUUUUUAGUUGAUCAGUCGUUAAGUCGCAUAUGUUACGAACUGAAUGAAAUCCGCAUACCUAAUAUUUGUAACAUCGAUACAAUGUGUACGUGUCUUCAAAUAGUUGCCUUCGUAUACGAUGGGAAUUAAGUAGGUAAUUUAAAUAUCGAGUGAUGUCCACACGAACUAUUUUUGAACGCUUUGAAUAACUUGUUAACGAAGUUAAGGGGGCGGGACACUGAGCGACCCUCCUUGUAAUAACUAUUAGCGCAUUCUCGAUCACUCAAUAAAAUCAGUCGCAGUGCGGCAUUGUAGAAGUUCAUAUUUCGCUAUGAUAGUUACACAUCUGCUAUAGUCCAUAAUUUCGCAAGUCUUCCACCGAAGCUAGACGAUUAUCGACACUGCAAAAUGUAUUUUCUCUAUGUACACAGAUUAUAUUGAAUAUGUACCUCGAAACGAGUUAGGUUUCGUCAUAGGAGGUUUCUUUAGGAGUGUCGCCGAUAGAUACACGCGCAUGUUGAAAUGCAAACGAUGCAAACAUAUACUUUGUCUCUUUUUUGUCUUAACACGCGUACACGAGCGUAGCAUAUGCCUAAAAUUUGAAAAACAUUGUAAAAACCAGUAGGAAAACCACACCAAAGAUUAGGCUAUAAAUAUAUCUUGACAAUAAUGUUUGUUUCAA